AUGGCUCACGCUGCAAAAGUGCGGACAGAGCUACAUCGAUGCCAUCAUGCAGGGCUUCCCCAGAGCCGCGUGUUCCUCGGCACCGCGGUCGAGUCGCUCGCAAACGAGCCUGAUGGCAAGGUCCGCCUUCAACUCUCGUCGGGCGGCACCCCUGUCUACGAUCACGUCAUCUUGGCCACGCACGGCGACCAAGCCUGGUCCAUUGUCCGAAACUCUGCGACGGCCGAGGAAAAGUCCAUCAUGCCCGCUUUCAAGACCUCCCUCAACAAAGCCGUCCUCCACUCCGAUCUCUCUUUGCUCCCUCAGAAUCCAAAGGCCUGGUCCUGCUGGAACUACAUCACCAAGUCUAGCCCCACGGGCAAGGCCAACAUCGACACCGUCUGCCUCACCUACAACAUGAAUCUCCUCCAGCACAUCCCCGUGACACCUUUGGGGGUGAGCUACAUCGGUGCCUGGACGAAAUACGGCUUCCACGAGGACGGCUUCAGCAGCGGUCUAGCCGCAGCAGAGAGGCUCGGCGCCAAACUGCCCUUCGAGUUCAAGGACUCGACCUUUAGCCGUGGCCGGAGGCCUGAAAUCGGCCUGCGGGAUCUAGCGUUGAGGCUGAUUCUCAUUCUCAUCCAUCUACUCAUCAUCCAUCCACUUGAGCGAGUGUUUGCGUCUAAAAGGAGAUCCAGGGGACAAGCGGGCGCGGCAAAGAGAAAGCAUAACUGA